UUCCGAGAAAUAGCUGUGAUAAACAAAGAAAGAUGAAGACAUUCUUGUUGUUUGCAUUUAUACUAUCCAAUUUAUACCUGACUUUUGCGGACUGGGAGCAUCCAAACUAUAGCUACAGAUGUUUGGAAAACGGUGAUGUGGAAUUCUUUGGAGUGCAUGAGAAAAGUACCAUAAAAGUUGAGACGACGGAAAGUGAAUGCAAUUGCACUUAUGAUCAAACUUCCCAUGUCUACUUGAUUAAGUCAUGUUUGACAAAUCAUUAUAAUGCCACUAUCAGUGUUUACGACUAUGAUUUUGAUGGCGUGUCAGAGCCCCCUCCUGCUACAGAUAGUAGCAGUGCCUCUAAUAUAAUUGGAGGACACCGUGGACAUCAAUUUGUUAUCACUUGCGAAGAUAUUCCACCCGAGGGAAUCAAUAAAACGGUGGCACAUGUGUUUCAAGGAAGUGUUUAUAAUCAACUUCCAAACAACUACAAAGAAGUCGCUUCAGUUGAGAUGCGUUUUAAAGCAGUCAACAAUAUGAAAGCUCCUGACAUCAACACGGUCUACAUAGGAGAUGAAUUCUACAUGUUCAUCAAAUAUAUGGGAGAGGAAGAUUACACCGUAAUUCCCGAGGAGUGUAAUGCCUACGAUGAGCCUUGGAUUGAAAAAGGACUAGUACCAAAAACUUCCAGUCCCCAUAGGGUGGAGUUGUGGAAUGUUAAUGGGUAA